GCCAAGUGCCAAGUGCCAACUCUGACAUUUAGAAUUUGAUAUAAUUUUGUAGGUUAAGUUUCCAAGUAUUUAGAAAUCGUUUUAAAUCUAUAUGUUUACAAGAAUCUUCGUAAGGAACAUGUCUGUUAAUCUUUCAACGAAAAUUUUAAACAACUCAGAACUUGCCGAGCGCAGGUUAUCAGAAUUAAAACAUAAGUUGGAAGAAGUCAGAAAGUUUAAAAUUCAAGAAAAAAUACAAGAACUUACUAAAGAAAAUGCUGUUCUUGCAUCGAAAGUUGAAACUGCUAAGGCAGAACUCAUAAGGCUUGAGACAUUGCAUGGAAAGAAACAAUAUCAAUUGCCCGGUCAAAAAACUGUCGCCGUUUGUAGUACACCAAACAGUGACAACCAAGAAAUAAAUGCACCUGAUACUAAAAAAGUAAAGAAAGAAAAAGAACCAGCCAAGAAGAAAGAAAAAGUUGAAAACUCUCAAUCUAUUGGAGAUACUAUUAUAGACGUUAGGAAGUUGGACCUUAGAAUAGGCAAAAUUAUAGAUAUUAAUAAGCAUCCUGAUGCGGACAGUUUGUAUGUAGAGAAGAUUGAUUGUGGUGAAGACAAUCCUCGCACAGUUGUAUCAGGUCUCGUAAAUCAUGUGCCAAUUGAAGAAAUGAGAGACAGAAUAGUAAUGGUUCUGUGUAAUUUAAAACCAGUAAAGAUGCGUGGUGUGACAUCAGAGGCCAUGGUAAUGUGUGCUUCGUCACCUGAAAAAGUUGAAGUUCUGUUGCCACCAAGUGGAGCAGUCCCUGGUGACCUGGUGUCAUGUGACGGCUACCCACGACAGCCAGAACCUCAAAUGAACCCUAAAAAGAAGAUAUUUGAGACCUGCGCCCCUGAUCUCAAGACUGACCAACACAAAGUUGCUUGUUAUAAGGGCAGUCCUUUAGUUGUACCUGGUAAAGGACCCAUAGUAGCACCAACACUUAAAGGAGUUCAAGUCAAAUAGAUAUAGAUAUUGUAUGAAUAAAUGUUUUUAUUUAAUCUCAAAA